AUGCCAGCGUUACGUGAAUUGACACUGGUGGAGGUCGCACUGCAGUUCGACGAGGAAGCGAUGCCGGCCCUGGUUCAUUGUGGCCUGCAGCGAUGUACGUUUGUGGAUAUCCCUGAGCAGAUGCUGACCGCGCUGGUUGGGCUGCUCCGAAACUCCGAGCUGACCUCGCUCACCGUGAAACGGUGCAGCAUGCGCCGCUGGGCCCCAGGGCAAUGGCCUCUCUCGUCACUCACCCUGGAGGGCAUCAACAAGUCAGAUGACGUUUUGCAAACGCUGCCGUUGGCGGACCCGUACAUAUUUUGCCCUGACAUGGAAGCGCUUGAGCUGUCUGGCAGCCGCGGAAUCUCGAGCAGAGAGUUUCGGAUGAUGAUUGAGGGGCGCCAGGGUGGAAUUAGCGAUGACGAUCCGGUUGAUCCAGAUGUAGGCUUCAUUUCGACCUUGCGUGUGACGGGAUGUGGAGAGCUGGAUCCGAACGACAAGGGGUUCUUUGAGGAACAUGCCUUCCUGAGGCAGGUCGAGUGGGACGGGCAGAUUAUAUUGGAGGACUUUGAGUCGGAUGUGGAUAGUGUUGGGUGGGCCAGAGCUGACGACUAUUCCGAUGAGGAAUAG